AUUUGAAUCGCCUAGGUUCAAAUAAUAAAUUUUGGUUCUAUUAAAAUCUAAUAAAGUUCAAUUAAACUCUGGGAUAUAUAUUUUAAUAAAAUAUGACUUUCGGAUGGUCAAGAAGGCCAUAUACUGCCCCUUUCAUGAGGGACAUGAUAUACAAUACAGAAAUAAAUUCCGAUGACACAAACUUAAGAGGAAACACGCUAUCACAGACUAGGUUUAAUAAACAUGUUUCAUUUGCAAGGAAGCUCUCAACUUUGCCACUAUCUUCAGAUUCUUCAGGCCAGUUCGACUCUAAUGGAGGGUGUACUAGCACGCUGGAUGUGAAGUCGUUGGUUCCAGCUACAACUUUUGGAGAUCAAUGUUCAAAUAAGAUGAGGGGAACUGAUAUAUUCUUUUUACCAAAACCUUCCCAACUACUUGCUUUCGCUCUGCCAGUUUUUGUCCUCAUGCCUAAUUUGACAGUGUUUGCAAGGCACUGGUUCUUUUACGCCCCAAAGUAAUUUUAAUAAGACACAAUUUAAGAACAAAGGUUGUUCAGUUAAUACUCAAUUGAAUCUCGAUUUCUGAGACUGUUGAAAUUUUUGUUUAAUUUAGUAAUUUUUAA